AUGACUGUAUCAUGGAGUGGUUUCCCAAUUACUAAUAAUGGAAAAAUGUAUUUUGAUGGUUUGAAUAGCAGUUCUAGCAGGUUCACAUUAGAUUCAAGUAUAUCUUUAACCAAUACUGGUUUAAUGUCUUUUGGUCAAAAUGUAUCUUCAAAUUUUACUAAUAUUGUACACCUUACAUCAGGAUCUGUUAUUAAUAUUGGUACUAUUUGUUUGAAGAAUGUUAAGGCAUUUUUGGAAAUUUCCAUAGCAGGCGACGGUUGUAUUACAAUAGGUUAA